AGAGGAAGGAGGGGUUCAUAUCUUAAUUAACUGCCACAUGAUUUGUAGUGCAAUUGGAUCUUUUUCUGGGCAGCAAAAAAAAAAAGGAACCUCAUUGCUUUUUCCUGACUAAUCUUGUUCCAUCUUUUGUCCCUUCUCACUCUCAAACCAUUUAAACACUUCCACCUUUAAAGCAUUUCAAAUUUGAAUCCCCCCAUUUUCUCUAUCAACUCUUGCAAGAACAAGCCCAAAAAAGGUAAAAAGAAUGAAUCUUUUGUUUCUGCUGCUGAUACCAAUUUGGGUUUUGAGUUCUCCUGCGCUUUCUGUCCCACUUGAUGUGAAGCCCGACCCGCCUGCCUCCGACCCGGUUAUUCCCACUGAAAAAGAUCCGUUUUUUAAGAACUCUUCUGAUCUGGGAGCACAUUCUCCAGAAGUUGCAGAAGUGAAUCUAGUUCACCACCAGGAUUUAAACAAGAAGAUACUUGUUGCCCUUGUUGUCUCUUCAUCUCUUCUUGGUGUGCUUUUGCUGCUGUUAUCUUGUUUCUGGAUCUUCAGACUAAGGAAGAAAGCCAAUGCAAAAAGGCACCAAAAAUCAGAUGCUGCGAAUGGCGUCUCAUUUGGUCCGAUUCUGGACAAGUUCCCUUCCAUGAGAAUCGGGGGCAAGAAGGGCUCCAUUGCUGCAAUCGAGUACCCGUUGUUAGUGACUGCUACUAACAACUUCGAUGAAGCCAAUAUUCUAGGCGAAGGCGGGUUAGGCCGUGUGUACAAAGCUCAUUUCAAUGACCACUUCCAUGCAGCUGUCAAGAAAAUAUAUGCUGGUGGGCUUGAAGCUGAAAGAGAAUUCGAGAAUGAGGUUGAGUCACUGAGUAAAAUUCAGCAUCAGAACAUAGUGUCCCUUUUAGGAUAUUGUAUACAUGGUGAAGCGCGUUUUUUGGUUUAUGAAAUGAUGGAGAAUGGAUCUCUGGAACUCCACUUGCAUGGACCUAAUAAAUCAAGAUUGACUUGGCAUCUGCGGAUGAAAAUUGCUCUGGAUGUUGCUAGAGGAUUAGAGUACCUCCAUGAGCGAUGCAACCCUCCCGUGAUCCACCGAGAUCUCAAAUCCUCGAAUAUUCUUCUGGAUUCUAACUUCCAUGCCAAGCUUUCUGAUUUUGGCCUUGCUGUUACGGGAGGGAAUUCGAACAAGGCCAACAUCAAGCUUUCUGGAACUUUGGGUUAUGUAGCUCCUGAAUACCUGCUGGAUGGCAAGCUUACGGACAAGAGUGAUGUGUACGCAUUUGGUGUGGUUCUAUUGGAGCUUUUGAUAGGAAGAAGGCCGGUCGAGAGAGUUGCUGAGGCUCAAUGUCAAUCGAUAGUCACCUGGGCGAUGCCUCAGCUUACCGACAGACUGAAGCUCCCAAAUAUUGUUGAUCCUUCCAUAGUAAACACUAUGGACUUGAAGCAUUUAUAUCAAGUGGCUGCCAUAGCUGUGCUAUGUGUGCAACCAGAACCGAGUUAUAGACCACUGAUAACGGAUGUCCUGCAUUCAUUCAUACCCCUUGUGCCUGUUGAUCUCGGUGGAUCACUGAGACUGACGGAUUCUGCUGUCCCGACCUGUGCUUAGCUACAUUUUUUUGAUCCACAGAGCUAAGUGAAGAAGCCUUGCUUCUCCAGAGUCAGGAUUCGUAUCAGCAGGAAGGAGUUUUUGUUCAGCUUGUACAGCAUGUAAAGACGAAGAAUUUCAUUGCUCUAUCGCGUCUCAUACGAGCAGCUCUGCAAGCUGAGCCGUGUAAGCUACUUGGCCUUUGUGUUUGUGUACAUAUAGGGAUUCUAUUCAUGGGAGGCUCUAAAAACUGAGUUGCAGUUAUCUUUUUUUGGGAUCUUUCUAUUAUAGGUAAAGCUUCAAAUUUGAUUGUUGCAACAUAUAUAUUCUAAAUUUGAUUCAUGAGAUUAUGAAAUUGGAGUUACAAAGUU